UGAACGCUCUGGCCGAGGAGUAAGGAUGAUCCGAGCGUCAUGACCUCACGAUGGCAGUCAAGCACCCAAGCUAACUGGCUAAAGUUGUCUAGUUUGCUAUCUACUGCCACACAAAUGAGAGAACACCUCACUCUGGACAUUUUACUCGACCUAGCAGAGCUGGUUAGAGUGUUUUCUUGUUAUCUAGAGGGUUAGUGACUGUAACUGUGUUAUGGCAACAAUGUAAUUCCGUUUUUAGCCGAUGUUUACUUGCACCUGUCAUAACCAAUUUUAGGGCGUUCGUAAAUUCCUCAAUUUACUAUUCGCUCGCAAACCAGAGUGUUCUGAAAUUGGAGCCGAUUACCACUGUGAAUACGAAUGCACCCCAAAUUUGAAGUUCACAAGAAAAUUACGUUAGAUGUCUCGUUUUGCGCAAACUUCUGCCACGUUCAAAACAACUGGGAACUCGGAAAUCUCUGACUUCCGAGGGUUCAAGACAUCCGAGAACCCGUAAAAAACGAGCCUCGACUGGGGAAAAUCGUAUUGAACUGUCAUCCAACUGGGAACUCCAAGUCGGAAACUCGGACAUUUUUCUAGAGCUCCGACUUUCCGAUCUGAAAUGAAGAUCACCGACGUCAUGAGUUGACCUCGGUUAUUUCUGAGUUCCCAGUUGUCUUGAAAGCACCAUUCACACGGGGCAGAGGCCUCUUCGGGGAUAGCGAAUCGGAGUGAGGAUAGCAAACAUAAUCGCUAAAGAUGGCGACGGAGAGAGACACCAAAGAGAAUACUGCAUGUAUUAUCAUCGCUAAAUGUUUUUUUUAGAUAGGUGGACACGCAAAAUACCGAGAGCUUUUAAGUUGAAGUUCCGUGUGCACACAUGAUUUGUUUUUCACUGGAGCGCCCAAGUUCCAUGUCAAGUUAGCAGUGUUGGCUAGCUAGCCUGGUUGGAUUCUCAAUCGGGACGAAUGUCGUUGGAAUGCAGAUAGAUUUUAUGAGCGAUUCAAUUUGCUACAAACUGUCCAUGAAGCUAUUGGACAACAUCGUCUCUUACUUUGGAAUACAGCUAGCCAGCCUUUCAACAGGACCCGCGACACGGCGAGUGUUGAGUCGAAGUGACUGACCGUCAUGUAUUUUUUAACUGGCUGGCCUCGGAGGCUACUUUGUCCACUGAAAAGUGAAGAAGAACCGUUUCAUGUUCAACCCAGCUCCCAGAGGUUUUACUUCGCUGUAUUGUCCGAGACUCAACUAAGCGUCUGGUUUAGUCGGCCCAGUGUUCUGAUAGUGAGCUACAUAGAGUCGGCGAAAGCAUCAUCCCAGUUUGGCUGCUAUCAGCAGGCCGAAUGGAAGCAGGACGAUUCCAUGAUAGCAGUAGCGGCUGCCAAUGGUUACAUCCUCCUGUUUGACGUGGUGGGAGGAGGAGAGGACAAGUAUCUUUAUGAACCCGUCUAUUCCAAAGGGAGUAGUGGUGUUAAGGUCACCCCAGGUUAUAAAGAGGAGCAGUGUGCCCCCGCUCUCAGCCUGGAGAUGAAGAGACCCAUAGAUCUGGAGGCUCCCAUCACCAGCAUGCAGUCUCUUCAGGAGGAUCUGUUGGUGUCUACUGCUGAUGGCUACCUCCACAUCCUCCACUGGGAUGGAGUCAGCAACGGCAGGAAGGCCAUCAGUCUCUGUAGCGUCCCUUUCUCCCUGGACCUACAGUCUGCCAGAGGUGGUCUGUGUCUGGACCUGAAGGGGGUGUACAUCAGAGACAUGACUUACUGUGUGACUCUGGAUGGCUUUGCUGUGGUGCUGGAUGAUGGCAGGCUGGGGUUCAUCACUCCUCUAGCCAACAGGAUCACUGCAGACCAGCUGCAGGGCGUCUGGGCAGCAGAUGUAACAGACGGCACGUGUGUGGCUGUCAACAAUAAGUACAGACUGGUGACCUUUGGCUGUGCCAGUGGCUCAGUGUUGGUGUACAGUAUCGACACCACUACAGGGUCCAUGCAGCUCUCCCACAAGCUGGAGCUCACUCCUAAACACUACCCUGACGUGUGGAACAAGACGGGUGCGGUGAAGCUGAUCCGCUGGUCCCCUGACUACAGUGUUGCCAUGGUGACCUGGGAGUGCGGGGGACUGUCUCUGUGGAGUGUGUUCGGAGCCCACCUCAUCUGUACCCUGGGGGAGGACUUUGCGUAUCGGUCAGACGGCACUAAAAAGAAACCUAUAAAUAUCAGCUCAAUGUGCUGGGGAGCGGAGGGCUACCAGCUGUGGGUCAUCACCAGCAGAGAGGAGACGGAGCUAGUAGAGAACAUGGAGGAGGCUCCUCCCCAGACCCAGCAGGCUGGCAUACUGCAGUUCCACUUCAUCAAGAGCGCCCUCACGGUCAACCCUUGCACGAGUAACCAGGAGCAGGUGUUACUUCACGGGGAGGACCGUCUCUACCUAAGCUGUGGUGACCCCACCCAGCUCCCCUCUAGCAGCUCAGAGAGCCCCCACCCCCAUAACCUCCCCCACGGCGGAGAGGGCAGCCCCCCCCACCACCCAUCGCCCAACUCUACCUCUCAGGGACUCAGCACUUUACUGGGAUACAAGCACUGGCACGUGGUCCAGAUUCACAGUACAUACCUAGAGAGCAACUGGCCUAUACGGUUUGCAGCCAUAGACACAGCAGGCCAGUGUAUAGCUGUAGCAGGGAGACGUGGAUUUGCACAUUACUCCAUGUCCACCAGGAAAUGGAAGCUGUUUGGGAACAUCACUCAGGAGCAGAACAUGACCGUGACAGGGGGGCUGGUCUGGUGGAACGGCUUUGUUGUUGUUGCCUGUUACAAUUUCAUCGACCGGCAAGAAGAGCUGCGUCUGUACCUGCGGUCAUCUAACCUGGAUAACACCUUCUCCUCCGUCACCAAGCUGCACUCUGGCACUCUGCUGCUCAACGUGUUCAGAGACAUGAUCAUCCUCUUCAGAGCAGACUGCUCCAUCUGCCUCUACAGCAUGGAGAGGAGACACGACGGGCCCAAUCCAUCAGCCAGUGUUGAGCUGCUUCAGGAGGUGUCCAUGUCUCGCUACAUUCCUCAUCCUGCCCUGGUGGUGUCGGUCACCCUCACCUCCGUACGCACAGAGACCGGCAUCACGCUCAAAGCCCCACAGCAGGCCUGUAUGGCAGACAGCAUCAUACUGAACCUGGCAGGCCAGCUCAUCAUGCUACAGAGAGACCGUUCUGGACCCCAGAUACAGGAGAAGCUGCCGUUCUGUCCUCCAGUGGUUCUGGCUCAGUAUGUAGAGAAUGUGUGGACGACGUGUCGCAGUAACAGGAAGAAGCGCCACCUACUGGAGGCUCUGUGGCUGUCGUGUGGAGAGGCUGGGAUGAAGGUGUGGCUCCCCUUGUUCCCUCGUGACCAUCGUAAGCCCCACUCCUUCCUGUCCCGUCGCAUCAUGCUCCCCUUCCACAUCAACAUCUACCCCCUGGCUGUGCUGUUUGAGGAUGCUCUGGUUCUGGGAGCUUCCAACGAGACGGUGCUCUAUGACAGCCUGCAGGGUCCCAGAGAGGGCCGGGAGUCCCUAGAGGGGUUGUUCCCCUACUGCACGGUGGAGAGGACUUCCCAGAUCUACCUCCACCACAUCCUGAGGCAACUCCUGGUCCGUAACCUGGGGGAGCAGGCCCUUCUCCUGGCCCAGUCCUGUGCAGAGCUCCCCUACUUCCCCCACGUCAUGGAGCUCAUGGUUCACGUGGUGCUGGAGGAGGAGGCCACCUCCCGGGAGCCCAUCCCUGACCCGCUGCUGCCCACCGUGGCCAAGUUCAUCACCGAGUUCCCCCUGUUCCUCCAGACCAUCGUGCACUGCGCCAGGAAGACAGAGUUUGCCCUGUGGAACUACCUGUUUGCUGCCGUGGGCAACCCCAAGGAUCUGUUUGAGGAAUGUCUGAUGGCUCAGGACCUGGACACCGCUGCAUCCUAUCUCAUUAUACUACAGAACAUGGAGGUUCCAGCGGUGAGCAGGCAACACGCUACGCUACUCUUCAACACGGCUCUGGAGCAGGGCAAGUGGGACCUCUGUCGUCACAUGAUCCGAUUCCUCAAGGCCAUUGGCUCUGGGGAGAUGGAGACCCCACCCCCAACACCAACCAUUCAGGAACCCAGUUCGACAGGAGGUUUUGAGUUAUUCAGGAAUCGCAGCAUCAGUCUGUCUCAGUCAGCUGACAGCAUCGCUGCUGGGAAGUUUAACCUACAGAAGACCUUUAGCAUGCCUUCUGGGCCCUCUGUUAAGGGGUCUGACAGGUGGCCUAAGGACAGUGACUGUGCAGAGAACAUGUACAUAGACAUGAUGUUGAGGCGUCACGCCCGCCACCUCCUUGAGCACGUCAGACUAAAAGAGCUGGGUUGUUUCUCUGCCCAGCUGGGCUUCGAGCUGAUUGGCUGGCUGUGCCACGAGCGCACGCGGGUGGCGCGGGUUGAUGACUUUGUCAUGGCGCUGAAGUGUCUCCACAAGGACUUCCUGUGGCCGUUUCCUGUCAUCCCAGCCGGCUCCAUCAGCUCGCCUUUCAAGAACGGACACCGCAGGACAGUGCUGAGCCAGCAUCUACUGAAGUCCCAGUCAGCAGACAGCCUGUUGAACAGUGACAUGGACACAGCGCCCCCGCAGGCCGCAGCACGCAACAGCAACCACACCUGGCUAGACGGGCUGGGGGCUCUUGGACCUACAGAGCCUACAGAGAUGGACACUGCCUUGUCCCACGGGGGGCCACAGACACAGGAGGCCUUCCUCUCUCCACUAACCAACAAAACGGAGGAGUGCAGUAUCGGCUCUGCCACAGACCUGACAGAGACCAGCAGCAUGGUGGAUGGAGACUGGACCAUGGUGGAUGAGAACUUCUCUACUCUCAGUCUGACCCACUCUGAGCUGGAACACAUCUCCAUGGAGCUGGCUAACAAGGGACCACACAAGUCCCAGGUCCAGCUACGGUACCUCCUGCAUGUGUUCAUGGAGGCUGGCUGUCUGGAGUGGUGUGUUGUGAUUGGUCUGAUCCUGAGAGAGGCCGCAGUCAUCAAGCAGGUGGUCAACUUCCUGGACAGCCCCGAGGUUCCCCCUGAGACAGUCCAGAGUGUCCGCUCCGGCCUGCUAGGGGUCGACGCAUGGGCCUCCACAGACUGCCUGGGCUAUAAGCCCUUCCUGAACAUGAUCCGGCCCCAGCUACAGAAGCUCAUAGAGACUUCUGUAGAGCAGAUCCAGCCUGAAGCCUUCCUGCCAGGGGCUUCCAACUCGAAGCUGGCUGAGCCCCAGCCCGGAGGCCCCAGUGCGGAAGACAGUAGGGGGCCUGCUCUCCUGGGUCUGGCCCUUCCUUUGGAGCCCCCUGGGGGGUUAGGGACAGAGGACGGCAGAGUUCCAGAGGAGCAGGAGGAACAGGCAGUGGACGAGGGGGUGUACGACUGCACUCUGUCCUGACAUGCCCAGUCCUGACCUGAGUCAUGUUCAUUAGGCACCAAACGGAAGAAAUGGACUGAAACAGGGAGGGACUGGACUAUAUUGACUUAAACUUUUUUGCUACGGUAAGCCCUGAUGAAUACAGCCCUUUUCUGACCUCUGACCUUGCUGGGCGGGUGUGACAGGAUGAAGAAGAGAGACACUGGAAGUCUCAGACUAAACUCUGUGUGUCUGGAACCAGUUUGUUGACUGAUGAGGAGUCUGAUAUUUUCCAUUAUGUGUGAGACUGUGUGUGUCAUGGUAUUGUGUGUAUUACUACACUGGGUGUGUAACAUUUGGAAGCCUCAAACGCAAGUGGACAUUCUCGACUUCUCUCCAGUCCGGAUACUCGUCCAUCCCAGUGCUGGAGCAGGGUCAGUCAGUGAGUGAGCUCUUGUGUUUUAAGUGUGUCAGUAUUGUCCAAUUGAUUAUGGACUUGAGUCAUUGCAGACAUCGUUAGUCAGGACACAGCCGAUUCAUAACAAAAAAUAAAUAAAUCUUACCUAAAAUAUAGAUAUGACAGAUGACGUGCUUCUAACCAUCUAUUUAUUUUGCUCUGCGUAAAAAAAUGUUUUUUAAAGAAAUUUGCUCACAGACCAGACUGAGUUUGGGCUUGUCAGGCUUUAUUCUGGGAUUAAAGCAGGCAGUUUGUGUUGCAAGUUAGUAUUUUACCAAAAUAUGCUUUUCAGAUCAGAGAAAUGCUGUCUGGAUUGUGCUCGUCUGGGCUAUAGUGUCUAGAUAAAAAUGUCAGAUCGCCGUGAUGGGCAAAAAGCAUCCAGGUUAUUGUCUGUUAGACCUGUCACAUAUUAAGCUUAAUUGGCUCAUUCCACAUUACAGAAAGUUCCACCUAUAACUGUAUAUUUUUGUCACAGUUUGUACAACGGUCUUUUGUACUUUGUUGUGAAGGAGUUCAGAUAUAACUUUUUGCAAGGAAUCAACUAUGUGUGCUGGACAUUUUAUGAGAUGCACUGAAGUGUGUGUGGGUGUUAUAUUGUAUACCUCCUACUGUACCGUGGAUUUAAAGAUGCCUUGGUCAAUAAUGUGAUAUUAUUCUACCACAUUACUUCAUGAGACGAUGUCAGUCCCCUCACUAAGAUAUUAAAGACUAGUGUGAGAAUUCUGUUGGUCGAGAGAGAAGACAUGUGUGUGAUGACCUGGAUUGGAGGUGAAUGUUGUUGACGAGGGCCUGACCAGGCCUCAACCAAACCAUGACUGACUCCUGAAGGGAGAAUCUAACGUUCUCUGAGGACAAACCAAAUUAUUAUGGAGAUCCUGACCUGCGUCUUUACACACAUGCUUUAGGAUUGGCUCUAGAAUUAAAGCAUUACUGUUGUUGGCUUCCGUCAUGCUGGAGGAUCCAAACUGAGACAAACUAUAUUCAUAAUUCACUUUGUAUUGAUGGCAUAUUAUGUCAUGCCAGAGAUCAUUUUUAUUUGCCCCCUUUUUAAAUAGAUAAGACAUCAACUGAUCCACACUUUGGCGUUAAUUCAAUGUCACAUUUCAGUAUCGUUUUCUAAAGGUAGGAUUGUUAGUGUGUCUCCCGUCAGUGAUCUUGGUGUUUCCUUAGCAAUGGCUGUGGAGUUGAAUAGGUCCUAUACUAUUUAAUGUAUUCUGACAAUGUGUCCAUAAGAAUUUAAGUCUGUAAGGGCUUGGUUGUUAUCACCGUGGUAACAUGGCAGUAACAUACCAAAAUCUCAAUCAUGUAAAACUGAAAACGAUGACUGAGAAUAUCUCCAACACUGACGCUGCUUUCAGAAGCAGCUCCUGUGUGCAUGAUGUGGAACGGUAAAGACUGAUUCCAUGUGAGGAUACUGUACUUAAUCUUUUAUGAUCGUCAGUAUUAUUAUUUAUUGGUUGUGGUGUUAUUGCUAAUGGGAAAAUAUUAGCCUUUAAUUAUUCAUUCAAAUUGUUUUAUUUCGGCUAUAUCGAAGCAACUAAACAAGAACUAUUUGCUUUUGCCUCAACUCGUACUGUAGUCAUUUGAGUCGUUCUUAGGCCCAGCGCCCAGGUCGAUAUCCUGCCACCUGACCAGCAUAGAGCUCUCAGGCCCAGCGCCCAGGUCGAUAUCCUGCCACCUGACCAGCAUAGAGCUCUCUCAGGCCUAGCGCCCAGGUCGAUAUCCUGCCACCUGACCAGCAUAGAGCUCUCAGGCCCAGCGCCCAGGUCGAUAUCCUGCCACCUGACCAGCAUAGAGCUCUCUCAGGCCUAGCGCCCAGGUCGAUAUCCUGCCACCUGACCAGCAUAGAGCUCUCAGGCCCAGCGCCCAGGUCGAUAUCCUGCCACCUGACCAGCAUAGAGCUCUCAGGCCCAGCGCCCAGGUCGAUAUCCUGCCACCUGACCAGCAUAGAGCUCUCAGGCCCAGGUCAAUAUCCCGCCACCUGACCAGCAUAGAGCUCAGGCCCAGGUCAAUAUCCCGCCACCUGACCAGCAUAGAGCUCUCUCACGCCCAGCGCCAAGGUCGAUAUCCUGCCACCUGACCAGCAUAGAGCUCUCAGGCCCAGCGCCCAGGUCAAUAUCCUGCCACCUGACCAGCAUAGAGCUCUCAGGCCCAGGUCAAUAUCCCGCCACCUGACCAGCAUAGAGCUCUCUCACGCCCAGCGCCAAGGUCGAUAUCCUGCCACCUGACCAGCAUAGAGCUGUCAGGCCCAGCGCCCAGGUCAAUAUCCCGCCACCUGACCAGCAUAGAGCUCUCAGGCCCAGCGCCCAGGUCGAUAUCCUGCCACCUGACCAGCAUAGAGCUCUCAGGCCCAGCGCCCAGGUCAAUAUCCCGCCACCUGACCAGCAUAGAGCUCUCUCAGGCCCAGCGCCCAGGUCGAUAUCCUGCCACCUGACCAGCAUAGAGCUCUCUCACGCCCAGCGCCAAGGUCGAUAUCCCGCCACCUGACCAGCAUAGAGCUCUCAGGCCCAGGUCAAUAUCCUGCCACCUGACCAGCAUAGAGCUCUCAGGCCCAGGUCAAUAUCCCGACACCUGACCAGCAUAGAGCUCUCUCACGCCCAGCGCCAAGGUCGAUAUCCCGCCACCUGACCAGCAUAGAGCUCUCUCACGCCCAGCGCCAAGGUCGAUAUCCCGCCACCUGACCAGCAUAGAGCUCUCUCACGCCCAGCGCCAAGGUCGAUAUCCUGCCACCUGACCAGCAUAGAGCUCUCAGGCCCAGCGCCCAGGUCGAUAUCCCGCCACCUGACCAGCAUAGAGCUCUCAACCUUCAAACGGGAAUCAAUGGUGAAACAGCCACAUCAUUUGUGAUUUUACAACAACAGUUACUAUCUUUUCCCCCUCUGACAUCAUUGCACGCGUGACAGAAGAGCUUAAUAUGUACUGCCUUGUUUUCACCAGGCUGCACGACGUUCAGCAGCAACAACGGUGGUGGGGCGGCCAGUGGCGCCGUUUCCCCCCUACUGCAGAUGCCAUCUUUAACAGCCUGCAAAACUCUGGCUCAUAUCCACAACGCAACUGAGUAGGAACGCUGAUCUAGGAACAGGGCCCCAUGUAUUCAUUGAGCUCUAAAUGGAAAUACUGGUCCUAGAUCAGCUGUUUCUCCAGACAAUUGUUAGUGCUCUGUGAACAAUGCAGUUUUCUUUACUGUGUGUAUUUCUUCUAUAUUAGCUAGGUUCAGUACAUCACUGUUAAACUGUGCAAUUCUGAAACGUUGCUUUGUUUCAGCUGUUUUUUUCUCUUUAGAUUUACAUUCAGCUCCACGUUUUACUGUCACUCAUACCAACCAAAACGUUUGUACUUUAAACAGUAUUUUGCUGCAGCUCACUGUGCUUGUAGUUUUGUAUUUUUAAACAUUUUGCUGCAGCUCACUGCUUGUAGUUUGUAUUUGCCUGUAUUCUUAUUCUAUUGUUCUGCAGCAUUGUUUUUACGAGAACCUCUUUGGCCGUGACUGUACACUAGCCUGAGUCCCAGACCGGUUCCAUUUCUGUCAUUGUCAUGUUUGCUAUGGAGUUGGCAAGACGGCACAAACAGAACAGGGACGCAAGUUAACUACACAGCAUCAAUGUGCUUCUAUACCAUCUGUCCUCUGCUGCCAGUACAGUAUAUGCAGUAGCUUACUAUCUGCUCUCAAACCCCAGCUGUGAAGUUUACCUAACGUAAUAAGGUUGUUGGCUAACCAAAGACAUGUUCUGAGGCCUUGGGUCAACGUGACUUGAGUGCUUGUAUAUGCAGAGGUAUAAUGAACCCCUCUGAUGAAAGAACCAUUGCUGCUCAAACAAAUUUUUCAGUUAGUACUUAAUAAGACAGUUUAUCGAUAUUAUGAUUAUACACGUUUCAUGUUUCCAUCUGAGGACUAGAAGUCUAUUGUUUCGUGUCUGUGCUUUUCCCCAACAGCAGAGACAAUGUCAGACAUGAUGACAGUGGUACUCUUUUCAUACAAAAUCUGUAUGAAGGACAUAUCUGACGCAGUAACAUUCCCUGGGUCAGUAUAGAUACUGUUUCUUGUACAAUUUGCCUUUUCUACUCAUUUUGGUUUUCUAUUUUUUCCUGUACAUAAACAAUAAAUUAUAUUUUAAAACCAAGGA